AUGGUCUAUGCGCAGUAUAUCGGCUCGUGUACGCCGCCGGCACCGUAUCCUCGGCUGCCGCCCGUGGAGAGUCGCAUUGCGUGCCGGCGGUAUGACGAGGCGACGCGCGUGGUCAUUGUGUGGCGCUCGAUUCUGGACGAUGCGCUUUUUCCUAUGCCGACGCACCACCUCAAGGGCGACGAGUGUGGAUGGGUUGUCGUCCAGCAGACUGACGCAAACCAUGCACGGCUCUUGUCGUAUUCGACGACCAAGCCACCGCUCGUCCCCAAGGCACAAGAUAGUACGUCGUCGGUCGUGCGCGCACCUGGCAUGCUCACCGAGUUGCUCCUGCGCCAAGUCCACGCCAGCUGCGACGCAGUGGACUUGACGAUUCAGCGCGGCCUCGCCAACACGGACGAACCUUCGUAUCUGCAAGAAGAUAACGACGCCUUUAUGAAGCGACUGGUCAACCGACAGGACAAGCUGACACCCGCAACCGCGAGUGCCCGCAACGGCGUGAGCCAGCGAGACGGCUUCAUCAGCGGCAGCGUCAUGCUUGUGCAGUCGGUCUUUCGGCCGCGCACGAUCGUGCUCUAG